CAUAAUGGAUUUUAUAUUUGAAUGUUUUUACACGGAUACAUUGGAUAAAAUUAGCCGCAGUGGACUACAGGAUCGUUCAUCGCGCCGAGAUGUUUUGGAUCAUUUAAAUGCCAUAAUCGGUGGUUGUAGUGAUGGUCAAAAUAUGCAAACCGAGGAGGUGGCACGCAUUGCUGUACUGUCUGCUGUCCGUUAUCAUCGUGAGCAAAAGGACGCCAAUGGUGAUGUCUGUUUAAUGGGCAAAUACCAUAACAUCUUGUAUAUUGCCUUGCGUACUUGCUGGGAUUGGGGUGUACGAGAUUCUGCGGUCGUUGUGGUUUUAUUGGAGGAAAUUUAUGCAUGCGAAAAGACAUUCGAACGUAUAUUCUUGGGCGCUUUGUUUGGUACCCAUGCACCGCACUUUAUUGCCGGUUGGCGUAGUGACUUUCGAGAUCAGGAUGAGAAUACCCGAGCUAUGGUUUAUUUUCUACAUCAUGCAACAAGUCUUGAUAUGACACUGCCCUGUUGGAUAGCACGUUAUGAACAGGAACGUAUGGUCAAAUUCAUUGAUAUUCCAAUUGAAUCCUGUGGCCGUUCAUCGCCGUUACGUGUGGCGUUACAGGCGAGUGCGCCAGACUUAUUGCUAAUUUUAUUAAGAUAUGGCGCCAAUCCUAAUCCACCGGAUGGUGGUUCAUCUGCUGUACUGGCAUUACUUGAUAAAUUGACUGAAAAUGGCCGUAAUUAUGUUUAUCAAAAUGUCUCAUGCUUGCAAAUACUUUUGCGUAAUAUACCGUUAAUUGAAUUGCCAUAUAAGCCCAUUAUUUAUAGUACAAGACGAGAAAUGUUUUUCCAACGUUAUGGCCGAUUAUUAAUGGACAAAAUUAUACCCAAGGAACAGGUCUAUGGCGUUAUGUCACUGCGGCACUUGUGUCGUUGUCGUAUACGUGAUUUGUUGCGGCAUAAUGGACAAUUGCCCGAUGGCAUUGAUACAUUGCGGCUGCCAAGACGUUUACAGCGUUACAUCGAUCUAAUGGAAGAAAUCGAAGGACCAGAUAAGGAUAAAAACAAUGACGAUACGGAUGAUUUUCCCACCACCAGUAAGGCUGGCCAAAAUAGAAACCCCGUUAAAAAGGCAACAGCCAGUGCCAAAGUACUUAAACCAAUCGAAGAAGAAGACAGACCGACAACAACAACAGAAACAGUGGCAGAAGCAACAACAUCUUUGGCAGCUAAAACCACAGAAGUAGAGGCAGAAGAAAAAGGAGAAGUAACGGAUGCCGUUACCACAACUGAAGAUAGCAAUGCAGCAAACACUUCAACGGAAUUAUCAACUACGACCACCGAUGAUACCAUUAGCACUACAACUACAUUAGUGGAACAAGCUGAGCAAGUAGUAACCGAACUAGACCAACAACUACAAACCAUUAGUAUUACUGAAGUUGAAGAAUCAACAACCAUCGACGAAUUACCACCAACCUCCUCAACGACUGAUGAUGAACAGGAGGAGGAGAAUGCGGAGGCGAAGGACAAUAAUGCCACUCCAGUGAUUAUUAUCGAUAAACCUUUUUUAUUUUGA